CAUUCAUUCUCCAAUUCAUUCUUGAUUUCCUCAUCAAUUCAUCCUCCCAAUGCUGCUGAGCUGAAUUCGUUUCUUCUUCUCUGGUUUGGCUUCAUCAAAAGGGUUGGAUAUUAGUACAUUGUGUUUGGGAGUAUCGAGUUGUUCAAAGAUGGUUCCUACCUAUGUUGUUGGUGCACUGGUUCCGCUUGUGAUAACGCUUCUGCUUCAGAAGUCAAAAAAGGAGAAGAAACGGGGUUUGCUCGUUGAUGUUGGUGGGGAGCCUGGCUAUGCAAUCCGAAACCAUCAUUCUAGCUCCCCCGUGGAAUCAGCCUGGGAAGGGAUUUCAACUCUUGCUGAGCUUUUUGAGCAGUCGUGUGGGCGUUUCGAAAAGAAAUUUUUCCUUGGAACCCGGGUAUUGGUGGGGAGGGAGCUGGAAGUUACAAAGGAUGGGAAAUCCUUUGAGAAGCUUCAUUUGGGAGACUAUGAGUGGUUAACUUAUGGGAAAGCGUUUGAAGUUGUGUGCAACUUUGCUUCUGGUUUGAGUCAAAUUGGACAUAAAAAGGAAGAAAGAGUAGCAAUCUUUGCUGACACUAGAGAAGAGUGGUUCCUUGCAUUGCAGGGUUGUUUCAGGCGCAACGUCACUGUUGUUACUAUAUAUGCAUCUCUUGGGGAGGAGGCUCUAUGUCACUCAUUAAAUGAGACAGAAGUUACAACUGUGAUUUGUGGGCACAAAGAACUGGAGAAACUUGUAGCCAUAAGUGGACAACUUGACACAGUGAAGCACAUCAUAUGUAUGGAUGAUGAUAUCCCAUCUAGUGCUUCGUCUGUUGAGAGCAGGUGGAGAAUCAAUACAUUCGCAGAUGUUGAGCAACUUGGACAAGAAAACCCUGUUGAUCCUGAUUUACCUCUUCCUGCAGAUAUUGCUGUCAUUAUGUAUACAAGUGGAAGUACAGGAUUGCCCAAGGGUGUAAUGAUGACACAUGCCAAUGUCCUAGCUGUUACUUCAGCUGUCAUGACCAUUGUCCCUGGCAUUGGAACUAAGGAUAUCUAUAUGGCAUAUCUUCCCCUUGCUCAUAUCCUGGAAUUAGCAGCAGAGAAUGUAAUGGUUGCUGCGGGAAGUGCUAUAGGGUAUGGAUCUCCCUUGACUCUUACAGAUACGUCAAGUAAAAUAAAGAAGGGAACAAAGGGGGAUGCAACUGCCCUUUUGCCAACUUUAUUGACAGCUGUUCCGGCAAUUCUUGAUCGUGUUCGAGAUGGGGUGCUCAAUAAGGUGAAUGCAAAAGGUGGCCUAUCCAAGAAAUUGUUUGAGUUGGCAUAUGCUCGUAGGUUGUCUGCUGUGAAUGGCAGCUGGUUUGGGGCUUGGGGCCUGGAAAGGAUUCUGUGGGACUUUCUUGUGUUUAGAAAGGUCCGUGCAAUUCUAGGAGGUCGUAUCCGUUACAUGUUAUCUGGUGGUGCUCCUCUUUCUGGUGAUACUCAAAGAUUCAUCAACAUUUGCAUUGGAACUUCAAUUGGUCAAGGUUAUGGUCUCACAGAAACUUGCGCUGGUGGAACAUUCUCAGAGUUUGGUGAUACCUCUGUUGGUCGUGUUGGAGCUCCACUUCCCUGCUCAUUUAUCAAGUUAAUUGAUUGGCCUGAAGGAGGAUAUCUGAUUAGUGAUUCCCCAAUGCCUCGUGGAGAGAUAGUCAUUGGUGGUCCAAAUGUUACAGUCGGUUAUUUCAAAAAUGAAGAGAAAACGAAGGAAUCAUACAAGGUUGACGAGAGAGGAAUGAGGUGGUUUUAUACAGGUGAUAUUGGGCAAAUCCAUGCUGAUGGUUGCCUUGAGAUAAUUGACCGUAGGAAAGAUAUAGUGAAGCUUCAACAUGGGGAGUAUGUCUCCUUAGGAAAGGUAGAGGCUGCUCUUUCAGUGUGCCGCUAUAUUGACAAUAUCAUGGUGCAUGCUGAUCCUUUUCAUAGUUACUGCGUGGCUCUUGUGGUUGCUUCUCGAACCACAGUGGAAGAUUGGGCUGCAAAGCAAGGGAUUACUUUUAGUGAUUUUUCAGACUUGUGUGAGAAAGAAGAAACCAGAAAAGAAGUACAAGAAUCACUGUUAAAGGAAGCAAAGAAGGCGCGUUUGCAGAAGUUUGAGAUCCCUGCAAAAAUCAAAUUGCUUUGCGAACCAUGGACUCCUGAAAGUGGCCUGGUCACCUCAGCUCUCAAGCUCAAGAGAGAUGUCAUCCGGAAGGCUUUCUCUGAAGACCUCUCCAAGUUAUAUGCUUGAUGAUUCUUCACGAAACAUGGGCUUCUUCUUUGGUGUGCAAAAUCGUCAUGACCCUGCUAGAUGGAACUUAUCUGUCCUUAAAUUUUUGCCUGUCUAGAUGUAAUGCAAGCCAAGGAUUAGUGGUAGGAAAAAGUGAGAGAGAAUAUAAAUCAAGCAUGCCUAGAGUUUAAUAUAGUACCUUACUCCAAAGUCCAAACAAUAAAAAUAGUAGUUGUUCCAAUUAUAUUAGCUACUCGAGCAAAAUGCUUAGCCUUUGAUUUAGAUAAUGGACACCACAGCCUCCACAUUCCAAAUUUUGAGAAUGGAUUAGAAAGACCGGAAUUCAUAUGAAAUGGGAUGUUGUACCAGCAAAAUCUCCAUGAACAUUGAAAAGUGAUGUUGAGAUUGGAAGAGACUACACGGCCAGCAAUGGUGGCAAAAGGUGGUGAAGGGUGGGAGAGUUGUAAAUCAAACUCUGGUCCACCGUCCAUGACUCCAUGAUAAUAUGACAUGAACCUGAUUUGAAAUUUCAGGCAGCCUAACUGGACCGGAAGCAUAGCCAUCCCCACUACCUAAGCUAGGCUCCCCAUGUUCCCAUUUGGUUUGUUUGCUUGUUUCCAUCACCUUUUAUAGCUUUCUCUUUAUCAUCUUCUACUGGAUCUCACAUUCUCACUCAUCUCAGUGUCACUUCCCUUUUCCUCU